UUUGGAUUACGUACAAAAGGAAGUUUAAAGAUAAAGAUGAAUGAGAAAUCUGUCAUCCCACCUGUGCCAUAUCGUAGAAGAAGACAUAAGCUUUUAGUCAACAGUUUAAAAGAAGAAAGUGAUGCAGACAAUGAUUCAAAAUUUCAACACAAAGAAAGACCUGCUUUAGAUUCUCAUAAAGCAAUGGAGCUUUCAACUCAGGAAAAAAAAAAGAAAUGUUCUCCACUUGUCCAAAGAAUGUGUGAAAGAUUUGAAAGUUCAGACAUAAGUAAUGGAAAGGGUUCAGUGUGUACCAGUGAAAUGAAAUUUGAUGUGAAAAAUGUACAUUAUGAUGAGGUUGAUUGUAAAAAUAUCCAGCAUCAAAAUGUAAAGAGUCGUUCAGGGCAACACAGCAAAAGUAAAGAUUGUUCUAAUGUAAUUGGAGAAGAAAGUGAAGCAACUAAUGUAACAUUUGACAAAUUAGCAAAAUCUGGUUCUCUAAAUAUUCCACCACAAAAUGAAAAAAAAGAGCAACAAAGUAACUAUGUUAGUAGUGUGUGUAUGGAUCAGGUGACUGUUAACAGGAUAAAUCAUAAUCAUAAAACUAACAAUGUAAAACAGUUGGAAGUAGGCUGUAAAGAUACUAAAAAUUGUGAUUAUAGUUUACAGAAGUUAACCACAUCUUAUUCCAGUUUAGAGCCAAAAUCAGAAGAAACUACUAGAGAAAAAAGACAGUACAAUCAUAAAUAUGAAAAAAACCAAGAUAAAACAGGAAUUUCAAGCCACUUUAUUUCCAUAUUUCAAAAACAAAAUGUUAAUAAUCGAGAGGCUAAUAGAGAUUUACAAAAUACUUUCAAAGGUGCCAUUAAAAAACAAACAUUAGAUUCAAAAGAGGACAAUGCAAACUCUUCUCUAAAGGGAACACAAAUGGCAUUGAGAAAGAAUAAAGGCUUCCCUCCAUCAAAACCUCCACGAACAUUUGCACAUGACAUAUACAAAGAAAGUAAGAUAAAAUCAACAGCUUUUAGGUUUGAAAACCUGGAACAUGAAGAGGAAAUCAAAAGGGAAAGGGUAUUAAGUGUCACUAAAAAAAAACACAAAUUUACAGAUGAUUUUGCCAAAGGAAAUCACAUUAAACAUGUGGCAAAGCAGAAACCUGUCACUCCACCAAAACCAUCUAAAUUUGUUUAUUCAGAAGAUGAGGGGGUGUGUUUGCCUAUGAAUGCUGAGUUAUACUGUGAUGAUAAAGCUUUAACUUGCAGUCCAGUCAGCCCACAAAAGGAGGAAAAACAGUAUCAAGGAAGGUCUUUUGCAAAAUUUUCAGUGUUUCAGGAUGGGAUUGAGCCAUAUGCUGUGUCUCACCAUUUACCUUCAAAGAACAGAUCUACCUCAUCUAGAACCAAUUCAAAUUCACAUAGUCGAGUAUAUAAUAAUGCAAAUCAAAACGAUUUGAAGAUUUUUAUAGAUUUAACACCAACUACAGUUAGUCCACCAAAACAUUAUGGAACACUAAAAAGACAUUUCAGUGAUGAGCAUAUUUAUGCAGAGCCACUCGGUGCAUGUAAUCAUUAUCAAAUGAAGAAAACAUUUGUUGAAGACUGUAAUUACAGUGCACCGGUGGAUGCUGUGAGGAAGCAGAAUGGACUUCAUUAUAUGUGCUCUCCACUUCCAUUUUGCCAAAAUGACAAUGAGUUAAGGGCCUCAAAAGGAGUUAAACAGGCUAUCCUUGCAGCAUCUCCAAUAUUGAAGAAAAUGGGAUUGGCUCAUGUUAAAGAACUGAUAAACAACUCUUUUGGUGUGAUUAGAAGACAGUUUCAAGGCUUUGCAUCAAAUGAGACAACUGAUGGUGGUGAUGAAGAUGACAGUAAAGGUAAAAAUAGUGGAAUUAUUAUGUCAUAUGCCCAGAAAAAUGCAGUAUACUUGUAUAUUCUUCAUAAUGUUUCAAGCUAUUCAAAGUAAUUUAAAAUCCAUAAAUCCACGUGACCACUUUGUACUUGUUAUAGUUUUGAUACCACUAACUUUUACUAUAGUAUUUGUAUCUUCAUUAAAUUUAGCAGACUUUCAGCAAACGUUACAAGUCUUUUUACAUACAAAAAGCCAGAUAUUUUAGUGAAGUAUUUU